CUCUCCAAUGUAAACGUUUUUUAAACAAAACUGUUGAGGUUUAUGAAACCAGUAACAUAAAACUAUUAAUGAAUAACCGUUUUAUCAAUUAAAUACCCCCUUACAGAUUGCCCUAUAACAUCUCUUGUUUUCUUGUUUCAUGUCAUUAAUCUUCUUAAUUACAUCCAAAACCAAAAGCAUUCUUACAUCCAAACCAAAAGCAAAUAUGGCAAAGUCUCUUCUCAUGGUAAUGAUCGUGUCCGUAGUAAUGUUUUACAUGAAUCGUCCAAUUUUCUCCCAUGAAAUUGAUCCAGAUUCACAGGAGGUACCAAAAGAUGUUGCCAUAUCACCCGCAAUAGAAUAUGACAUGGAGAUUUCUCACCAUUACUCACACAAACAGCUCGAUUUCCUUGAGGCUUGCGCUGACAAGCCAAGCACAAAAUGCGGAAAUGAGGUUUUCAAGAACAUGUUGGAUGAGACGACGCCAAUUACAGAUGCAUGUUGUCGUGAUAUAUUGAAGAUGGGAAAAGAUUGCCAUCUUGGAUUGGUUCAAAUCAUAUUCGCCACGUAUGAGUUUAAGAAUUUUUCAUCUAAGGGUAUUCCGAAAAGUAAACAAACAUGGAAUGAUUGUGUCCGUAGAGUUGGGAACAAGAUUGGUGCUCCGGAUUCUUUUGAGCAGUAA